AAGUUGUAGCAGCUGCCAUGUUUAGCUGCUUUGUUGUAGAUUUCUUGUAGGUUUCCUGCAGAUUUUUUUAAGUGUUGCAAUGGAGCCGAGCUGGAGUUCAUUUUUAUUUCAGCAGGCCAAUGAAGCCCUCCACCACCAGCAUCAGGUCAAUCAGAACAGCCUGCUGCCUCUGCUCAACUCUGAGCCGCAGGAUCAAAAGCCUGUUCUCCCCAUCCCGCUGGACCAGAAGCCCCCAAUCAUUUCAUCCGACCUCCUCAAAGACAACUUGGGUGGCGGAACGGGUGGAGGAGGAGGCGGCGGAGGUGGGGGUCCGGUGGUCAUAAAAAAAGAGCCCAAAUCAAAAACACCCUUCAUAUGCAGCUACUGCAGCAAGGCCUUUCGGGACAGUUACCACCUCCGACGGCACGAGUCUUGUCAUACAGGCAUUAAGAUGGUGUCCCGGCCCAAAAAGACCACCACAGCGCCCACCAUGGUGCCUCUCAUUUCCACUGUGCCACGCGACAACAACGGAAACCCAUCUUAUGUGUCAACAGUGGCGGGCAUCCUCACCACAGCAACCACCUCAGCAUCCACAGCCGCAGGCAUCAUGUCAGUUCUGCCCCAACAGCAGCCAACCGUGCCCAAAAAACCCCCCAAACCGGUAAAGAAGAACCACGGCUGUGAGAUGUGCGGCAAGGCCUUCCGGGAUGUCUACCACCUCAACCGGCACAAGCUCUCGCACUCGGACGAGAAGCCCUUUGAGUGCCCUAUAUGCCACCAGCGCUUCAAGAGGAAGGACCGCAUGACGUACCAUGUGCGCUCGCAUGAUGGCGGCGUGCACAAGCCCUACAUCUGCUCCGUUUGUGGGAAGGGCUUCUCUAGGCCGGAUCAUCUUAGCUGUCAUGUCAAACAUGUACACUCCACAGAACGACCCUUUAAAUGCCAAGUAACGGCCUGCACAUCUGCCUUCGCCACCAAAGACCGUCUGCGUUCACACAUGAUACGACAUGAAGGCAAAGUCACCUGCAACAUCUGUGGGAAGAUGCUGAGCGCCGCCUACAUCACCAGCCACCUCAAGACCCAUGGCCAGACCGGCUUCACCUCGACCUGUAACAAAGACUCUAACAACGUGUGCAACUCUGCCUCAGCCACACCGGUCACUGCCUCAACCGCGUCCAACACUACGGCCAUGAUCCGCGGCAGCGCCAGCAACCCCGUCACCAUCGCCGCCCAGAUGAACAUCACCACCAACACAGUCAACAUCACGUCCCCUGUCAGCCUUCAACACCCGGUCACCAUCACUGCCCCCGUCAACAUCGCCUCAGUCAACAUCCCGGCCUCGGCACCCAUGAACAUCGCCCAUCCUGUCGCCAUCACCUCGCCCAUGUCAAUGAACAUCACCGGGCCGCUCAACAUCGCCAUGAGGCCCAUGGAAAGCAUGCCUUUCCUCUCGCAGGUCUUGCCUUCCACUCCUCCCUGGUAGAGCCCAAAUGUCCUAUCCCGGGCCAUAUUAGUCUUCCUCUCCUGCUGCGAGGGGUGAAAAAGGCGACUUUAGGAAAAUGGCGGUCUGCAGCGAGGAAUCAUGCGGAUUAUAGCUGGCACUUUGCGUCUCCAGAUUGUUUAGAGUUUAGUUGACGGACAGAAAAAAAAAAAA